AGGUGAAAUGAAGAUAUGGGCCCCCAAACUGCAACAAAUGGCAGUAAGCUGGCACAGCUGUGCUAUACCCUGGAGAACAAAGCCUGCUGAAGAGCUCGCUAUAGGUUGUGCGCAGCUGCUUGCCUGGAGCGAGUGAUGAGGCUUGUACUGCAGUGGUUGGGAGCUGAAAACGCAGACAGUAUCGGAGCCGUGCUGAACAGUAAAGAUGACCAGCGGGAGAUCGCUGAAGCCAGAGAAACGUGUCGGGCUGCUUAUGAUACUUCUGCACCAAAUGCAAAACGCAAAUACCCAGAUGAGGGAGAGGCUGAUGAGGAAGAGAUUGAAGAAUAUAAGGAUGAACUAGAGCUGCAGCAAGAUGAAGAGAACCUGCCCUAUGAAGAAGAGAUUUACAAGGAUUCCAGUACCUUCCUUAAGGGUACUCAAAGCCUAAAUCCACACAAUGACUACUGCCAGCACUUUGUGGACACAGGACACAGACCCCAGAACUUCAUCAGAGAUGUUGGCUUAGCAGAUAGGUUUGAAGAAUAUCCAAAACUUAGAGAGCUCAUCAGAUUGAAGGAUGAGCUGAUAUCUAAAUCUAACACUCCUCCCAUGUAUUUACAAGCAGACUUGGAAGCUUUUGAUAUUAGGGAACUGAAGUCCAAAUUUGAUGUGAUUCUCCUGGAACCCCCACUGGAAGAAUACUACCGAGAGACUGGCAUUACUGCCAAUGAAAAAUGCUGGACCUGGGAUGAUAUUAUGAAAUUGGAAAUUGAAGAAAUUGCUGCCCCAAGGUCAUUUGUGUUUCUGUGGUGUGGUUCAGGAGAGGGUCUGGAUCUUGGCCGAGUGUGUCUGCGCAAAUGGGGUUACAGAAGAUGUGAGGACAUUUGUUGGAUUAAAACGAAUAAGAACAAUCCUGGAAAGACCAAGACUCUAGACCCUAAGGCUGUGUUCCAAAGAACCAAGGAGCACUGCCUCAUGGGCAUUAAGGGGACUGUGCGUCGCAGCACAGAUGGUGACUUCAUCCAUGCUAACGUUGACAUUGACCUCAUCAUCACAGAAGAACCUGAAAUUGGCAACAUAGAAAAACCUGUAGAGAUUUUUCACAUCAUUGAGCAUUUCUGCCUCGGACGACGACGUCUUCAUCUUUUUGGAAGGGACAGUACGAUUCGACCAGGUUGGCUGACUGUAGGACCCACCCUCACAAACAGCAAUUUCAAUGCAGAAACAUAUUCUUCGUACUUCACAGCUCCAAACUCCCAUCUGACCGGCUGUACUGAGGAGAUUGAGAGACUUCGGCCCAAGUCACCACCGCCCAAGUCCAAGUCUGACCGGGGAGGUGGUGCUCCAAGGGGAGGAGGAAGAGGAGGGACUUCAGCAGGCCGAGGAGAAAGAGGCAGAGAGAGGAACAGAACUAACUUCCGGGGCGAGAGGGGUGGCUUCAGAGGGGGGCGUGGGGGUACUCAUAGAGGAGGCUUCCCCACUCGCUGAUGACUGUUGUUAGGUACUUGAUUCUUCCCUCAGUCCUGUGCCUCAUCUCUGAAUCUUUCUCUUAGUCUCAUUUUUGCUGAAGUGAAUUACACUGGGGACUCAAGCUAGAUGACUUUUAAAAUGUGUUUUGGUGCAGUUACAGCUGUUCUGCCUUCCCAUGAUGGGCUGGCACAUGCCUCACCUGGCAGGCAGGGUCCUGCCCCAGCAGCACCAGAACUUGGCCUCCCAACAGCUUCUAAACCAGGGAGCACCAUCUCUUCAGGCCUCGGACAGGACUGAAGAUACUUCUCUUCCCUUAUGAACUUUGCAAGGUGUGGACUUUGUUAACUGUCAUUUUCUCCAAAAGCUGGAUUCCUCUUCCUUCUCUGGAGGCUCAGGUUUGGAUUGACUUGGAUGAAUGUGGUGAAGUGGGCAUGAAAUGCAGUUCUGAAUUGCAUGGCUGUAGCAGACUUACUCAUGGAAGAGAAAGGCUGUGUCUGUAUGGACACCUGUUUUAACUUCUCUGAGACCAAGGAGCAAAUGGAAUAAAUAGAAUUCUAUUUUUUCUUACUUGGUUUAAAUUUUCCUAAUUAUUCCUGGAAAUAGGGAACAAGUUUAUUUUUCAUGUGUGGAGUAUAUAUAUGCAGUCAUUUUUCAUGUCUGCAGUGGGGAGAGUAGUAGUUCUGUGCAGUUGUGUGUUGUGCUUCAUGGAAAGCAGAAGUUGUAUGUUUAUAUGCAGUCCAGAACUCUGCAUAGGUCAGGAUUGCUUCUCAAGUAGUUCAUAAAGGCCUUGUUCUUUGGCAGGGAAAGCUACUUUUGUUGCAGAGCUGGUGCACUGUAAGAAGUUGAAAGACCUCAUUGGAGGUUCUGCUGGAAAGGUGAGGUGUUUCUUGAAAGCUGUCACCUGGGUAGUGAGGGUGCAAUGAUCAAAAGCAGAAUUUUGCUUUGUCUGUGGAAGUUACAUGCAUUGGAAAUGGAUGGUUGGUGACCAGCUCCAGAGCACCGCGUGACAAGAAAGGUGUUCACUUUGGUUAUGUCCAAGAUCUGUUUUUAGCAAACCAUGCCUCUGAACUUCUUGGUCAAUACUUGACAGGCUCACCAAACCGGUCUGUUGGCGUAUCACAGUCUUAGUGUUGGAAAAUUGGCUUUUAAGUCUCUUAAUGUUUCUCUUUUGAAGUCUAGCUUUUAAAUAACUGUCCUGUAAAGUAAUGGAUUAUUAAACUUGUUUAUCAAA